UUCUACUGUUCACACACACCCGGGCUCAAGGCAUACCUACACCAACACUGACCCCAAAGCUCAGCUCUGUGCGGAGGGAGACAGAAGGCUGUGCAUUUUGGUAAAGCCACAGUGCUUGGAUUGGCCAGAAGUUGCACAGAAAGGCAACAGGACAUUGUGGAAAGAUUCUUGACAAGAUGAGCCAGGGGUCAAGCCAUGGUGAGCAGCAGCCCAGGAAUCCUGAGGAUGGCACUGGAAUGGAAGGUUAUGGAAACCAAGACCCCAGCAAGAAGCAACUGAGACUUGUCCUGGUGGGUAAAACAGGAGCUGGGAAAAGUGCCACAGGGAACAGCAUCCUUGGAAAACGAGUAUUUGAGUCAAGACUAGCAGCAAAGUCAGUAACCAAGAACUGUGUGAAAACAAGCAGACUGUGGAAUGAGAAAGAAAUUGUAGUUGUGGAUACUCCUGGGAUUUUUGACAGUAAUGUGUCUGAUGUGGACACAUCAAAGGAGAUCAGCCGCUGCCUCAUUAUGUCCUCCCCUGGGCCUCACGCCAUCAUCUUGGUGGUCCCACUCAGUCGUUAUACCAAGGAGGAGCAAGAUGCAGUAAAGAAGAUUCUGGGAAUUUUUGGUUCCAAAGCUAAGAAAUAUAUGAUCCUUUUAUUCACCCGGAAGGAUGAUUUGGAAGACACUGAUUUGAAGCAAUACUUACGUGAAACUAGGAAUGAAGCUUUGAGAGACCUGAUUGGCCAGUUUGGUGGAAGAUACUGUGCAUUCAACAACCGAGCAACUGGAAGUGAGCAAGAGGCCCAGCUAAUAGAACUUCUGAGCUUGGUGGAACAUAUAACACAGAAGAAUGAAGGCUCUUGCUACACAAACCAGAUGUAUCAACUAGCUGAAGAGCAGAUUCAGAAAGAAACUGAAGCAUUGCAAAGAAUCUAUAUGCAAGACCUGGAAAGACUGAAAAAGGAAAUAGGACAGGAAUAUGAAGAGGAAAUAAAAAACUUAGUGGAUGAACUGACACAAAAAGAAAGAAAAGAAAGAAUGUAUAGGGUACUUGCAGAAAAAGAAGCUUUCUAUGCAAACAAGCAAAGAGCUGCCAGAGAUGAGAUUGUGAGCCAAAAUAAAUUCAUCGAAAGAUUCAUGAAUUUCUUGAAAUCAGCAAUUUCUGCCAUUCAAAGCAUAUUUGAGGACUAAGGAACUUAGUAAAAACCAUCUUAUAUUCUAUGUUCUAGCUUCUUCUACCAAUCCUCAAUGAAUACUCAGCUAUCCUGAUUCAGUUGCACAACUCAGGUCUUCAAGAAAAAAGAUAAUUGUCAAUCAUCUGUCAUGAGAAAUGCCCAGACUGAUUUGGAAAUAAAGGAAUAGGGACUCUUUUUUGUGAAGAUCAAGAGAAAAAGUUUUGUUACUGCCUUGGGAACUCUUCCACCAAGAUUUGGAGGAAAGGAAGGAAUACAGAGCAAGACUUAUACUAGAAAUUCAGCACCACUCCCCAUUAUUUCUCUUUAAAAGCAAUGUACCAAAAUGCACAAUUUUACUUGCAUAAAAUUUAAAAUUUUUUUGUGCAAACAAAAUCAACACAGUAGACAUUAGAAAAGAAUCAGUAAAUGAAAAAAAAAUCUUUGCAGCAAGUUUCUCUACUAGAGGUCUCAUUUCUAAGAUACAUAGUGAACUAAUUCAAAUGUAUAAGAAUAAGAACUAUUUUCCAGCUGAUGUGUUUAAAGAAAAUGGUCAUUUUCCAGAGAAAAAAAAUCCAAGCUAUAAAUGACCAUGUAAAUAUGUCCUAACUUACUAAUAAUUUUAGUGAUGCAAAUCAAAACAACUCUGAAGUUCCAUCUCAUACCUAUCAGAUUGUGAAAUUGACAAAAAAAGUGAUAAAUCUGGAAGGGCUGUGGGAAAACAUGUAUAUUAACGCGCUGUUGGUGAAACUGAGAACUGGGCCAGUCAUUCUAGAAAGCAAGUUGGAAUUAUGUUACCAAAGCUAUUAAACUGCCCAUAUUCUUUGACUCAACAAUAUCGUUGCUAGGUCUAUACCCCCAAAGAGAUUAAAAAAAAGGAGAAGGACUCAGACGUACAAAAAAUUUAUAGCAGUUCUUUUUGUGGUGUCAAAGAAUUGGAAACUGAGAAAGUGCAUAUCAGUUGGGAAAUGGCUAAGGAAAUUAUUGUAUAUGAAUAUGAAGGAAUACUAUUGUAUAUUGUACUAUAAGAAAUUAUGAAGAGGAUAAUUUCAUAGAAAACUGGGAAGACAUAGAAUUGAUUCAAAAUGAAGUGAUUAGUACUAGGAGAACAAUUUAUACAGUGACAACACUAUUGUAAAAAAAAACCCGAACAUGUUUGAAAUAUUUAGGAACUCUAAACAAUACAAUGAUUAAUCACACUUUGAAAGGGCACGUGAUGAAACAUGUUGUCAACCUCCUAAUUACAGAGGUGUUGAGUUUAGAGUACAGAUUGAGAUGUGCCUCACUUUAAAAUUUGGGCAAUGUGCAAAUAAGUUUCACUCGACUAUAUAUGUUUAUAAUGGGAUUUGUUUUUCUUCAUUUCUCAGUGGAGUUGAAAGGGAAGAGAGGUGAGAAGGAGAGAAAGCAGAUUUUCAUCUAUUGAAAAGAAUAACUUUUCUAAUAAAAGAGAACAAGAUACCAACUGGAUGCUGGACCACAUUCACAUUUCUAUUACAUCAAGAACAUUCCACAUUAGGUAUUCUCAUUCACUUUUGGCAUUUAUCUCCUUGUAUUAGCAAAGUGAUAUUUGAAGUAUGAGAAGAUGAAAUUAUAUUAGAUUAUAUUCAUAUUCAGCCAGUCUAAGGCUGGAGUUGCCCAGAGAGAUCCUAUGUUGUAAUGAGAUGAUCUGUCUCAUUAUUCCUUUAUUGAAGUUUACAGAAUUCUAUCAUUAGCUGUUAAUGAUACUAAGAAUAACCAUGAUGAUGAUGAUGACUCAUUUAUAUAGCUUUUUAAAAUUUACAAGGCCUUUCCUCCCAGAAAUCUUGUGAGAAUAUGACAGGUGUCAUUCCCAUUUUACAGACGAGGAAACUGGGGUACAGAGAGACUAAAUGAGUUACUCAUUUUUAUAUAUUUAGCAAGUGUACUAGCUAUAUUCAAAUAUGCAUCUCUCCUCACUACAAGUUCAAGACUUUUUCUAUUAUAGUGUCACCUUUCCUACUAAAUUACUGUUGGCUAAAUGUCUCAGAAUUUAAUCUGCCUGUUACAGAUCAUAUUCAGUGUAUAAUGAUAGGAUAAAUGGAGUGACCAAACUGCAAUGAGCAGAGGAGGUAAAAGAAAGACACUGACUCAGAAGAUGAGACAAUGUAGUUCAAUGUAUUAAUUCUCAUGCUACUAGAUUACAUGCAUUAAAAUAGUAAAAGUUCACA